ACCGAGCGCCAAAACUCAAUAUCAUUGGUCGUUUGCGUCCAUUUUCGUCAUUUCUAGACGGACCGUUAACGAUGUAAGGUCUUUGUCGGUUACCUCUCCAGAAUUUUUAAGGAAAAGUGCCAUUUUCUUGUAUAUUGUGCUCGGAAAUCAUGUGUAGUGCAUAGCUGGACUCUUAGAGAGGAUUAUGCCAGAAAUUUGUAUCCAGGGUUACGGAUACUCAAGGACCACGCUGCCAGUGAAGAAGGAGAUGACGAACAACACACCAACACAGCAACAGAUCUUCAAGUCGCAAAGAAACCAGGCUGCCUUUGGAUGGAAUGGACCAAGGAUCGGUAUGGGUCUGGACACGUCAUAUAGCUCAGGUCGUACCUGGGCUCGGGCGCUGUAUCCAGACGUGCUGCACUUCGGGAGUGAAUGUGCGCCUUUACACAUUUUGCUCGGUACAACCGCGGGUAGGGCCCAGCUGGACUCGAGUGAUGAUCGCAAUCGAAUGGGGACACACAAUUGUAAUUACCAAACUACACUUACUUUACCCAUGCAGACGGCUCAUGGAUGCUAUCACGUGAAAAUCCAUCAACGCUCCCAGCUAGUAAGCGUGCGGUUUAAUGUCUCUACUAUCAGGCUCUAA